AUGACUUCCACUGUCUCCCCAACUCCCGUCGCCCGCUACCGGGUGUCUCUCCUGGUCACUCCUAAGCCUGGCAUGUCCCUGGAAGAAUUUCAUCGCUACUGGGCAGAACACCACGUCCCCCUGUUCCGCUCCCUCGCUAUCGUCAAGAGGAACUUGCUCAAGUACGAACAGUUCCACAUCGAUGACGCAGAUACGGCCACUCUCUCAGCGACGUUCACCGGAAACGCUCCAAUGCCCUAUGGCGGGGUAGCGGUCUUCGAAGCCGAAACCCUGGAGAAGAUCCUCGAGAUAUUCAAGGAUGAAGAGUAUCUUCGGGUUGCCGUCCCCGAUGAGGAAAAGUUCGUCGACCGUAGUGGCUUCCACAUCCUGGCAGGGCACUACUCUACGACGUUUAACAUUGAGUAG